AAGGCUGUCGUGAAUUUGUACUUGAAUGGAGGGGCUGAUUCCUUCAACCUGCUGGUUCCUAUCAACUGCGCCUUGCACGACGAAUAUUUGGCCGUAAGGGGCCCUGCAGCACUUUCCAACAACCAGCUGCUCGAAAUCAGCAGCACGCAAGCUUGUCGGAGCUUUGGGCUUCACCACAAGUUUCCCAAGCUGCGGGCGAUGUAUCAAGCAGGUGAGGCCGCUUUUGUCAGCAAUAUCGGGUCAUUGGUUGCUCCUCUGACCAAGUACGAGUACAAGACUGGUGCAACACCGACAUGUGUGGGCCUUUUUUCCCAUUCAGACCAGACUGCUGGAACGCAGACACUGAAGUGUCAGGUGGCUGGAGCAUCACCUAGAGGAGUCGGGGGUCGCUUAGCUGAUGCCUUGGCGGCUGGAGGUCAAAAGUUUGCAACCAAUUCCUUUUCCCUUCACGGCAAGAAGACGUGGUCAGAAGGUUUCAACACACUUCAGCAGGCUGUGGACAGUAGUGGGGACAUUCCCACCCUUGAGAACUCUGAAAUCCGAAGGCCCCUGAUUGAAAACAUCACCAAAGAAAAGCACGGCAAUGUGUACUCGGAGGAGUAUGCCAAGACCUUGGGCGGAAUGAUCGACAAUGUUGAGUACCUGGCGGGACAGCUCCAGAACGUGACCUUGGGCACUACAUGGCCAGAGCCGGAAGAUGGGUCGGCCAACCGUCUAUUGAAACAGUUCAAGACCAUCUCCAAAUUGGUUGCAAGUCGCACGGCCAGGAAGGCGGAAAGAGAGUUCUUCUACGUGGAGCUUGGAGGUUUUGAUACUCACAACGACGUGCACGAGACUUUGGAUGAACUCUUUGCAUUGGUGGACGAGGGACUGGACGUCUUUGUGAAGGAGAUGCUUGCACAGGUGGGGCCAGAAAAUGCUGACUACGUCACUACUAGGAGGUAAGCGGUUUGCCAGUCCUCUAGUGGGCUUGAUUGGUUUCGCAGAUUCAUGUCUGCAGUUGUGAGAAUUCGUGUGCGCGCAAGGGCGUUUUUGAGUCUGUGGUGUUGGUGACCACCUCCGACUUUGGGCGCACCAUGACCUCGAAUGGCAAGGGCACGGACCACGGAUGGGCAGGCAACACGUUUGUCUUGGGUGGCAACAUACGCGGUGGCGAGAUUUACAAUGAGUUCCCUGCGUCCCUGGUUGAGGGAAACUUGUACGAUGUUGGUAGAGGUCGGAUGAUUCCAAAGUACCCGUGGGAGAGUGUGAUGCUGCCCAUUGCAGAGUGGAUGGGCAUGGAUGCACAGGACAAGAGCACCGUUUUCCCGAACCUACAGAACUUCAAUUCCUCAAGGCUGCUUCCGACAAGCACGCUUUUCAAUACGUAGCCAGUUGUGCCGAUUGAGCUCGCUAUACGAGUUCAGUCAGCACUGUGUCUUUCUACAGCUGCGAACGCUGUAGAUUGUCGCCGGCGAAUGCCGGCGAAGGAUGCUGAAAUUUUGAGGCACAUGCAUCAAACACUGUUGCGAACUC